UUCCCCGCCCCCAACUCCACUGCCUCCUCCCCUGGGAACACAACGGAGACCCUCCUCUGCGUUCUGCGGCAACGCGUGACCGUCACGUGGGGCGGGGCUUCCGAGGCGAGCGAAGGGAGGGACAAAGGCCUAGAGCGUAUAGGAUAGUUACGCCACUCACACUUGGAGAAGAGCUAACGGGACAGAGGUGCAAGCCAAUCGCAAUCUGGCCUCUGGAGGCAGAGACUGGGGUGGAGACUUCGGAGACUGCAGUUGCAGUUAUAAGAACAGACAGAAUUGGCUAUGGAUAAUCCAAAUGAUUGCAGUCAACAAAGCUCAUGUAAUGGAAUUCCAUCUGAGAAGAAAAACAACUUCAUUGUGUCAGAAGAUCAUGGACAGAAAAUCUUAAGUAUAUUACAGAAUUUUAGAGAACAAAAUGUGUUUUAUGAUUUCAAAAUAAUCAUGAAAGAUGAAAUAAUCCCAUGUCAUCGUUGUGUGUUAGCAGCAUGCAGUGACUUUUUCAGGGCUAUGUUUGAAGUAAACAUGAAAGAAAGAGAUGGUGGAAGUGUUACCAUUACUAAUUUGUCUUCCAAAGCAGUAAAAGCAUUUCUUGAUUAUGCCUAUACUGGAAAAACAAAGAUAACAGAUGAUAAUGUGGAAAUGUUCUUCCAGUUGUCAUCAUUUCUUCAAGUUUCCUUCCUAUCCAAAGCUUGCAGUGACUUUUUAAUAAAAAGCAUUAAUCUUGUCAAUUGUUUACAGUUAUUAUCUAUAUCAGAUAGCUAUGGCUCUGCCCGUUUGUUCGAUCAUGCUUUAUACUUUGUGCAACAUCACUUUUCUUUAUUAUUUAAAUCCAGUGAUUUCUUAGAGAUGAAUUUUGGAGUACUGCAAAAAUGUCUAGAAUCAGAUGAAUUAGAUGUUCCUGAAGAAGAAACUGUACUAAAAGUUGUCCUUAGUUGGACUAAGCAUAACUUAGAAUCAAGGCAAAAGCAUCUGCCUUAUUUGAUUAAAAAAGUAAGAUUGUAUCAGUUAUCUGAGGAGACACUUCAAGACUGUCUACUCAAUGAAGAGUGUUUACUCAAAAGCACAGACUGUUUUGACAUAAUCAUGGAUGCAAUUAAGUGUGUGCAAGGUUCUGGUGGACUUUUCCCUGAUGCUCGACCAUCCACAACUGAAAAAUAUAUAUUUGUUCACAAAACUGAGGAAAAUGGAGAAAAUCAACAUACGUUUUGCUAUAAUAUUAAAAGUGAUUCAUGGAAAAUACUACCACAAUCACACCUGAUUGAUUUGCCAGGAUCUAGUCUCUCUAGUUAUGGGGAGAAAAUAUUCUUAACAGGUGGUUGUAAAGGGCCGUGUUGCAGAACGGUUCGUCUUCAUAUUGCAGAAUCCUAUCAUGAUGCCACUGAUCAAACCUGGUGCUAUUGUCCAGUCAAAAAUGAUUUCUUCCUGGUAUCAGCUAUGAAAACACCAAGAACCAUGCAUACAUCUGUUAUGGCUCUCAAUAGAUUAUUUGUCUUUGGUGGAAAGACUAGAGGAUCUCAGGACAUUAAAAGCCUCUUAGAUGUUGAAUCUUACAACCCUCUUUCCAAAGAAUGGGUGUCUGUUAGCCCGUUACCCAGGGGCAUAUACUAUCCUGAAGCAAGUGCAUGCCAAAAUGUAAUUUAUGUUCUUGGAUCAGAGGUAGAGAUUACAGAUGCUUUUAACCCAUCACUUGAUUGCUUUUUUAAAUACAAUGCUACAACUGAUCAGUGGUCUGAACUAGUAGCAGAAUUUGGGCAAUUUUUUCAUGCAACAUUAAUUAAAGCUGUCCCAGUAAACUGCACACUGUAUAUAUGUGACCUUUCCACCUAUAAGGUUUAUAGUUUUUGUCCAGAUACUUGCGUUUGGAAGGGUGAAGGGUCUUUUGAAUGUGCAGGAUUUAACGCAGGUGCAGUUGGAAUUGAAGAUAAAAUUUAUAUAUUAGGUGGUGAUUAUGCACCAGAUGAAAUCACAGAUGAAGUACAGGUCUACCACAGCAGCAGGUCUGAGUGGGAAGAAGUUUCACCAAUGCCAAAAGCCUUAACUGAAUUUUACUGUCAGGCAAUUCAGUUUAAUAAAUACAGGGACCCAUGGUUUUCUAACCAUUUCUAAAAGUAGUGUGUGAGUAGAUGUUCCAAAACUAUUGCAGUUCUAGAAACUUGCAGUAAAUUUGUUAACCUUAAUUGUUGGUAAAAAAGGUCUUUACAGCUUAAUAAAAUAAAAUGUACCUUCUACUAGACAGUUACUGUGAAUGUAUACCAUAUAUGAAUUAGAAGUUCCCAGAAACUUAAAAUACAAAAUAAAUUUUACCAAAGUUGUAUUUAAUUCAAUCUUGGAGAAACUAGAAUACUUAGUAUUUCACAUGUAAAUAAAACUCAGGCUUUGAUGUUUUGAUUUUUAAAGUACUUUACCCAUGAAAUUCUAGUUAAAAACAAAGUUCACAGAUUUGUACAGAUGUGUGAAAUCUCUUUAGGUAGUAAAAAUUAUUUAUUAACACUAUAUUAAGUGAAAAAUAGAGGUGAGAUUCCUACCUUGUUACUACAGGUAUAAGAGUUGUUGAAUUCCUAUUUUUUCUGAUUAUUGAUUAGCUGCUUUUAAGCCAUUUCUUUUACCAUUUUUUUUAGUGAGAAAAUUUUCUGAAAUGCAGUGUGUUUCCUUAGCCUUCUAAACUACUCUAAACAUGGUUUAACUUUUUACAAUUCAACUCUUCAUUAAGAGCAUAACGUACCAUGUUGUAAUGCCAUAAUGCCACUGGCAGUUCUUCAAAUGCCUUAAAAUUUGCUGAUUCUAUUAGAUUUCAGUGUCAGUUGGUUUCAGUUUCCAGCAGUAUUAUCUCUCUCUUAUUUUCUGGCUCAAGCUCAGUAAAUUAACAUUCUUAAUUUACUGAAUCAGUUCUAAGUUACACCUGACCUGAGUUUAUCUUAACCCAUUGAGUGAAGUUCUUGGAUUCUGGGAUGGUAGUCCUAAAAUAUUUUUUCUGUAUCAUUGCCAGUUUCCACUGUAAGUGAGAAUGUAGAAAAACUGACCUCUAGAUGAGUGAACCUCUAUUGAUGGCAUUUCUUAAACUUUUACCUGUCCAAAUUUAAGUUGCAAUAACAAAUUUCAGUGUUUAAAUUAGUACCAUACCAGUUUUUUUAUGAUGCCAGCCGUAAAGCACUGUGUAUGUUUAUUACUACUUCAGUAAGUUACUCAUAGUGAAUUAUUUUCUAAAGUUAAAAAUAUGCCUGGGAUUUUGGUAUUCACAGUAGUGUUCAAAACUUGUAUCUGAUUAGAUGUUUAAUCAUCUUUAACCCAGACAAUGAAAGAGUAUUAAUCAUCCUUAUUCUCAGCUAAGAUGAUUCUGCCUUGUAAGAGGAUAUGUUUCUUUAAUAAGUUUUAAAGAUAUAGACAUUUUAGGUUUUAAGACACCUGGUUUACAUCUCAGGUAACGUGUAGAUUAUAUUUCUCUGGAAUCAAAUGUAGUUUCCCACAUGCUAUAGUAAAUGUUAAUCUAUUGUAAAUGUACGUAUUCUUUAGAAGUGAAAAUAUACCUAAAUGAAAGUCUUUUAUUUUACGUAUAAACUUAUGCAAUCCUAAGUUUCAAAUAUAUUUUUCCAAGUAGAACAGUGUAUUAGACUAAAUUAUGCAAUUCCAAAAUCAGGGACUGUCCCUAACCAGGUGAUAGUUGCAUAAAAAGUAUUCUGUAGAAUUGGUGACUUCCUCCCUACCUACAUUUGUUGGCUCUGCUCUUUUCUCUCUGUGUAUAUGUUAUGUGUAAGAAAGAAAGAAAAUUCAGUGGAGGCUUUCUUUUGUGUGUAUAUCAGGUUUUGAAAACAAGUUAUUUGAGAAAGACCAUAACACAGUGGGCAACCUAUAUGCGAGAUACACUAAACUGUUAAUUUAAGCAUAUAUGAAUAAUUAAAGUAUGUUAAAAUAAAUAUUAUUUUUAAGCAGUGACUCUAGGAAUUGUUAAUCUUUCCAGAAAGGAGACACUAGAGCAAAAAGAGAAUCCCUUCCUGAUCUUGUUUUAUUAUUAUAUCUUGAUUUCUACCAUCUUGUCAUUGGCCCCUGAUUUCUGAUGUUACUAGAAAUAUCCUUGUUAUGAAGGCUUAGGUGGCUCCCUCUGCAUUUGAUUUAAUAUACUGUCUAAAGCACAGGCUUUCUGCCUUAGUUUCUGCAGUUGCUACAGGUUACUUGUUAAUCAUUAUCACUUCCUUUUCCAUUCCUUUACAUCUGUACCUGAGUGCUUCUCCUCAGUUAUAACUUCAAGAAAAGUAGUCUCUUUAGUCAUAAAACCCCCAAACUCUUUAUUUAUAUUCUUUUCCCUUGGCGCCAUAGCAGUCUGUGCUGGGCAUGACUCCAUUAAUAAGUGAUCUGGUUUUAAUUUUACAUCAUCUUGUAAUGAUCUUGUAAUGGUAGCACUUUCAUUUGAUCUAUCAAAUGGUUACAGGAAAUUGGCUCUGGGUGUUCAUAUCCUUAAGGAACCGAACCACAUAUAUACAUGGUCAGUGACUGAACUAGUUAUACCUUUCUGAUCUUGCCAAUCACUUUGGCUUUAAGAACCAUAUAUAUUAUUCUGUCCUCAACCCUCUAUUCUGGAUCUCUGACAUGCACAUCUCAAUGAUCUCUCAAAUCUAUUUUCAGUACUCCCAGAGGGAGCUGUUUUUCCUCUCUGUACAGGUUAAGAAAUAACAUCCCUUUAUCUAUGUCUUCUUCCCUUAGUCUUCCUUUUUUUCCUUUAAAGUCUACCUUCGCUGUCAUCCUUCAGCCAGUGCUGCAGUGUAAGCGACAAAAUAGCUGUGCUCAUUAUCCAGAUUGCUUUUAUUCUCAUGGAAAGAUUCUAUUUAACAUUCUGAAUCCUCUAUCAGUUUUAUUGGUCUGCUACAUUUGGAUAUGAACAGAAAAAAAAUUCUAAUAUUGUAAUGGCUUCUAAAAUUGGAAGUAUGUAUGUGUCACUAUUAAAUGUAAAAAAGAUUGAAUUCAACAUUUAUAUGAGAUCCAAGUUAAGGAACAUUUUUAGAAUGAUCUUCAAACUUAACAGUGUGCAGCACCCUUUGUUCAUCUAUUGCUUGUGAGACUAAGCAGUAUGAAGAAUAUUUGUAUCAUCAAAAUUAACUACAUUCCCAUAACACUCUCUUCUGGUUUAGGGAGGGAAAGAGGUCUUUAUCACAGCAGUGUUCAUUUUGUUACAUGUUACCCUUAAAAGCUAGGAUGUUAUUUGCAAGCAACUGCAUCCUACAACAUGAUUCCACUCUUCCCAGAUAUCAAGAGGAGCAAUUAAAUAUAUAUUUAGUCUACCUAGCUCAAUGCAUGUGGUUUGGAAAUCAGAGUCAAGUAUAGAGGGAAACAUGUUUAACUUUUUGAGAUUUGGAAAAAAUAAAUAUAACGAUCUAAUACAUUCUGAAUAUAUGGUGUUACUUUUAAAUCAUCAUUCUUGGUUUAAUUAGAUCCAGUAUUUAGAAACUUAUGUUCAGAAUUGAAUGUGUAAGACCCAAAAUGUCUUCUAAUGGGCAGUGAGAGCAACCUAAAAGCAGAGGCCGAAAUCUAUAAGGAAACAUUUCUAUUCAACACGAGAAACUUUACUCCACUUUAUAAAGCCAUAUUUAGAAAAAGUCUAGCUAUCAAAGAUUGUGGCGUGUGGCAGAUGAUUAGCCCAGUAAAUUCCUGUGCAGGAGUACACAACUAAAGAUUUUUACACUCUGUUAUACACAUUUUGAUCUCAAUAGUUUUCUGACAUUUGAUUAAUUGUUUCCUCCAGUUUAUUUAGCAUUUAGGCAUUCUCAGUAACUUGAUUUUAAUGAUUCUGCAUACUCAAGAUUUCAGUAAGACUUGAGUCUUAAAAUUACACCCUUCUUGGAGCAUUCUUACUGAAGGAAAUUUGUUCUUUUUUUCUUUUAGUCACUCAGGAAAAAGUGUGUAAAUCCUGCUGACAUUAACAGUGAGCUGCUAGUAGGGACUUUUUGUUCUAUCUACUAUAGGUGCACAUUUAUUUUUAGUAUUGAUUUAUUGAGUAAUAGAUGCACAUUUAUUGUGAAUAAAAACUGAAAGACUAGGACCUAAUUUUUUUCUCCUGACUUAUUUCACUGCAAAUGUAGCUCUAGAGCUAAAUCUAGUGAUUCUAAUUAAAGAUUAUAUGAUUUGAAAG